CCCUGAGAGCAAGGAGCGGCUGGGGAGGCAGCGUGCCGCGGCAUGCUCCCACAGGGCUGCUCCUCCGACCGCGGGAGCAUCGCCCGCUGCACACACGCACACGCACACAGGCGCACUCGCUCACACACGCGCGCGCACGGCCUCUCGGUGCGGCUCCUCGCAGCCCUUUGAUUUGCGAGGAAGGAAAUAAGGGCUCUGGGAGCAGCAGCAGCAGCUGUUGGCAAGAUGCGCUGAGAAAAUCGAGCAGGGAGAGAGCUCCGGUCUGCUUCCCUGCCCGGGCUGGAGCCCCUCCCGCAAGAGGAGCGGCGGCAGAGAGAGGAGAAUGAGCAGCCCCUCCGCGCCCGGGAAGAUGGAGGCGAAACCUUUGUUCAACGUGCAGAAGGCUCUGGUGCAGCCCGUGCAGAUGUGCAUGUUGGAUAUCCCCCUGAGCGUGCAGGAUGACGAUAGCUCCACACAGGAGAUCGGAGAAGAGCUGGAGGAUGGUGUGAUCUACAGCAUAUCGCUCCGGAAGGUGCAGCUCCAUCACACGGCCAACAAAGGGCAGCGGUGGCUGGGGUUUGAGAACGAGUCAGCCUUAAACCUCUACGAGACGUGUAAGGUGCGGACGAUAAAGGCUGGGACCUUGGAGAAGCUGGUGGAGUACCUGGUCUCGGCCUUCAAGGGCAAUGAUUCCACCUACGUCACCAUCUUCCUGUGCACGUACCGGGCCUUCGCCACCACCAAGCAAGUGCUGGACCUGCUGCUCAACAGGUAUGGCAAGCUCCACGUGCAGGCGAACGGGGACCACACCAGGCACGUUGUGGAUGAGAGGAUGGAGCUGAAGAACACCAUCUCCUCCAUCCUGGGCGCCUGGCUGGACCAGUACUCAGAGGACUUCCGCAAGCCCCCGGACUUUGCCUGCCUCAAGCAGCUCAUCUCCUACGUGCGCCACAACAUCCCUGGCUCAGACCUGGAGCGCCGAGCCCGCAUCCUGCUGGCCCAAUUCCAGCAGCAGGAGCAGAGCGAGUCCGAAGCGGAAGCUGUGGACCACGGUGGCUGCACGUUCCAGCUGGUGGAGGAGAACGGGGUCGGGGACGGGAAGUCGGAUUUCCUCUCCUUCUCCCCAGAGAUGGUGGCGGAACAGUUCACGCUGAUGGAUGCUGAGCUGUUUAAGAAAGUGGUGCCUUACCACUGCCUGGGCUGCAUCUGGUCGCAGCGAGACAAGAAAGGCAAGGAGCACCUGGCGCCCACCAUCCGUGCCACGGUCUCACAGUUCAAUAGCGUGGCCAACUGCGUCAUCGCCACGUGUCUUGGAGACCGGUCCCUGAAGCCGCAGCAGAGGGCUAAGGUGGUGGAGCGGUGGAUCGAAGUGGCUCGGGAGUGCCGCAUCCUGAAGAACUUCUCCUCCCUCCGAGCCAUCCUCUCAGCUCUGCAGUGCAACGCUGUUCACCGGCUGAAGAAGACCUGGGACGAGGUCCUGCGGGAGAGCUUCCGCACUUUCCACGAGCUCUCAGAGAUCUUCUCUGACGAGAACAACCACUCCCUGAGCCGGGAGCUUCUCAUUAAGGAGGGCACGUCCAAAUUCGCCACCUUGGAGAUCAACCCGAAGAGGGCUCAGAAGCGGCAGCAGCAGCAGCGAGAGAUGGGCGUGAUGCAGGGCACCAUUCCCUAUCUCGGCACCUUCCUCACAGACCUGGUGAUGCUCGAUACUGCCAUGAAGGAUUUCCUGGACGGAGGGCUGAUCAACUUUGAGAAGAGAAGGAAGGAGUUUGAAGUCAUUGCUCAGAUCAAGCUGCUUCAGUCGGCCUGCAACAACUACAGCUUCACGCAGGAGGACCAUUUCGUGGACUGGUUCCACAGCCUGGAGCGGCUCAGCGAGGCCGAGAGUUACGGGCUGUCGUGUGAGAUCGAGCCGCUGUCGGAGUCAGCCAGCAACACGCUGAAGGCGAAGAAGAACACGGGCAUCAUCAAGCGAUGGAGCGACCGGCAGCCGCCAAGUACCGAGCCCUGCGCCAGCGGCAGCUCUCACUCCAAGUCCUUCGACCAGCUCAAGUGCGGGCAGUACCUGUGCAGCGGGGACGCCACCGACUCGGUCAGCGUCACCUCUGCCGGCUCCAGCAGCUCGGAUGUGGAGGAGAUCAACAUCAGCUUCAUCCCCGAGUCCCCUGACUGCCAGGAGAAGAAGCACUCGUACACCCCGUCUGUGGCUGAUGGAGAAGCUAAAACCACUGUGUCCUCCGCAUCCCCUCUCCUCCCUGCCCUCCAGUUCUGGGAAUCCACCUCCCUCUCCUCCCUGGACACGUCGGGCAUCGGCUCGGGCUCCAGCAGUGCCUCGUCCUCCUCCGUCUCCUCCACGCCGGUGACGGCCUCCCGCACCCACAAGCGCUCUGUCUCCGGCAUCUCCAGCUACUCGUCCCUCUCGCUGCCCCUCUACAACCAGCAGGUCGACGACUGCUGCAUCAUCCGCGUCAGCCUGGCUGUGGACAACGGCAACAUGUACAAGAGCAUCCUGGUGACGAGCCAGGAUAAGACCCCGGUCGUUAUUCGCAAGGCCAUGGCCAAACACAACUUGGACGGGGACCGGCCUGAAGACUAUGAGCUCGUUCAGAUCAUCUCGGAGGAGAGAGAGCUGAAAAUCCCCGACAACGCCAACGUCUUCUACGCCAUGAACUCGGCCGCCAACUAUGACUUCGUGCUGAAGAAGCGGGGUUUCUCCAAGGGCGUGAAGAUCAAGCACGGCUCCAGCUCCACCCUGCCCAGGAUGAAGCAGAAAGGCCUGAAGAUCGCCAAAGGCAUCUUCUAGCCUCAGCCCCACUGCCACCCCUCACCGACGGGGCCUUGGGGGCAGGCUGCUCUGGGCCCGGCUGCGGCUGGUCCCUGUGCCGCCAGCACGGCGAGGAGCGAGCCUCGCCUGCAUCGAGAGCCAGGGCGCUUUGGCAACCGGUGGCCUCCGCCUCUCUCUGCACAAGCUCCCGUUUCAAUCAGGUCUUUUUUUUUUUCUACACAGGAAGGCAGCGGGGGGAAUCUCUCUGUUUUAUUAUUUUUAUUUUUAAAACCUUCCACGGUGCGCCACUCGUCCAGCCGCCGGCCUGCCCAGAGCAGGAGCCCGCCUCUCUGCCGUAGGUGCCUUGUGUCCGCGCGAGCCGGGGAGCGGAGGCCUGCAGAGGGGCUGUUUGCAAGGAGCGGCAGGCGAGCCGCUGCUACGGGAGCUUCCCGGCGUUGGUUUUUACCUCCACGUCCUUACCCUGGGAGAAGCCGCGGACGAGGAGGCACGCUGGAAGGGAUGCAGCCCCGCGCCGGUGCUGGGAGCCCUGAGAAGGGCUGCGUGCGUGCCGCGAUGGAGCGGGCGCCUCGUGCUCUCGAUGACUGGAAGCCUUCGCGUGGUCUCGCUCCUCUCCCCGAUCCAGCUGGACUUCGCCAGCCCGUGUUCAAACCUGCACCAAAGAUCAAAUGCCAGUGUCUCUUCUGCAGGCGGGGGAAGCUUUGCGCGCCUCCCCGUGCCCCCAGAACUGCCAGCCUAGCGAGGAAGAGGAGAGUGAAUUUCUGUCCGAAUUUGUGUAAAUAGAGACCCUGGGUCUGCGCAGGUGGGCGACGAGGCGAGACAGAGCUUGGGGUGCUCCGAGUACCCCGGUGCCGCCGCCUGCCCCCCAGAAAGUGCCACUCACCUUGGGCUUUAACCAGACUUUUUCAAACACUGACCAUGGGAGAAGCAGCAAUGAGACUUCUUUUGUAUAAAACGAAAAUGUUUACUUUUUUUUUUUUCAAUAUUUAUUGGUUGUAAAUAGAAGAGAUGAACUUGUACAUUUUACUAACCCAGCCUCCCCCUGCCCUGCAGCCCAGUCCCUCUCCUCUCCUCCCCCUGGUAUUUUCAGCUGCUAGAAGCAGCAGGGUUGCUCUGCCACGCUCUAAGGCACAGAGCGCUCUGGCCUCCCUCUCUCCCUUGUUUCUUUACCACUAGUUGAUCGAGCAGGGGCAGAGAUGCUUAUUUUAUUGACUGUAGGAAACACUAACCAAAGGGGGGACUUUUAUUCUUUCUUUUUUUAUUUUUUUUUACUUUUUCUUUGCUCCUGCACCUGCUGGGCCAUCUCAUUUAAGCACUUCCUCCCACCCCACCCUCUCUUUCCUGUCUGUCUGUGCUGCCGGGCAGGGGCAAUGCGUUCCCUGGCUCCAGGAGAGGGGCCUGGGCUGCAGCGAUGCCGCGCUCUCACGCUCGGGGGACCAGGGCUGGUGGCAGGAGGUGGUGGGACCUGUGGCACCGGGCGGGGAGAGGCCGCCCGCUUGUUGACCAGCGGGGCUGGCACCAGCUCUGCCAGCCCCACGUCCCCUUAGGGUGGCAUGUCCUGGCCCACCGUGCCCACGCUGCACAUGAUGGGAGCCCCUGGCACCCUGACGCAGAGGCUGCCUCCUGUUUUCCUCCCCCUGCACGGAGCCUGGUACCAGCACCCUGGGGCCUCCCCUCGGCCCCGCGCCGCUCUGUGCCUGCCAGCUCCUGCCCACCCCGCUGUCACCGUCCCCCUCCCCUCCUGCCGGUGUCCCCUGGCAGCUCAGCAUCACCGGAGGGACUGGCUGUACCAUAUGUAUUUUGUACCACUUCAAUGAAGGAGCACACUGCCCAGUGUGACUUGUACACAGCAAUGUAAUUAGUCUUUGCAAUAAAAUACCGAUGCUCAAA